GGUAUUGUGCAUGGUUUGAUGAACCGUUCUAUCCAUCAUGAUCUUUCAAAGGAUGAGGCUGCCAUCUUCGGGUGGAGCGGUGCGACUGCGGUGGUGAAUGAGCAACUUCUUGCACUGACAAAAGUAAAGCAACCUCCGCAUGAUGCAGGGGCUUUUUCUUCUUCCUCUUCAAGUAGUCAUGCGCUUCCGCAGACAAAAAUGCCGAUGGAAGUGGCACUUACGGCGUUUCACAUGAUUCUGCUUUACAAUGAUCGUCUUGUUGUGUUGAAUCACCCUGCGGGUCUCACAUGGCGAGGCUCGUCCUCAACGUUACACGGUGACUGCCCGUAUGCAUGUGAAAUAGAGGAACGCAUACGAUUUGACCCCUUUCGCGCCACGAGGAAACUCCCGGAGUUGCGUGGAAUUGUGCGAGACACGGCAGCACGCAAGAUUUACAUUUUUGGAAAAAAUAUUUUGUGGGAGCUUCAGGUGGAACAAGAACAUCGACAGCAGUGGUGGUUGUUUUUGUAUCGAGCAGUGAACCGCAAUGAGUCACUCCCAUUAAGAAAGCGUUUUUUCCAAGCCGCAUACAAUAUUAGCAAAUAUCGUGCCUCCAGCAAAAAUAUUGUUCAGUUACUUCGGGGUAAAUUUCUUCUUCAGAUUGGAGCCAUUCAAUACGCAACGGAUAUUUUGGCCGACUGCGAUCGCUUUGAAGACAUUUACGAUCUUCUGGUCUCUCUACGCAAUUACAAGGUAUUGCAACUCUACGUGGAGAAGCGAUACAAACUUUUGUCCAAAUAUGCUUUGGAUACACCUGUAAUGCAGACCCAGCUGGCAUGUCUUUUUGCCCUUAUUGUGAUGCAACGGCUGAACGGCACUACACGAAGUGAGGUGAGUGAGAAAACGAGUGUGGAAGCAACCGCGAGUCUAAAUGCAUUCAUUGAACAGACUAUAAAGGAGAAACCCGCGUUGUUUAAAAGUCGUUCAUAUAAUGAUCUUAUCGCCCGCCUGUUGGAAGGACAAGGAAGGCCCGAACUGGCUCUUUGCUUUGCAGAGAGGAUCAAAAAGGCCCACUAUCUCCUUACGUAUUAUGUUUCGCAUGGGAAUUACAUCCAGGCGGCCGAUGUUCUUUCAACGCUCGCACGGCGAACGGAGACCCUUGAACUGUGGUACGAAUUUUCUCCUGUUCUCAUGAAAAAAUGCCCGAUUCGACUCACCACCGCCAUGCUGCGCGUCGGGACACGCGACUCACAGGGAGGGGCGUAUAUGUUGCUACAACUGGAACGGCUCAUUCCGAUUUUUAUUCAGUACUCCCCAGAGAUGAACGAGGAUCCAAGCAAUGGGGAACACCAAGUUAUCAUCUUCUUGGAACGCUGUAUCAACAAAUUUGACUGUGUGUCGACUGUUGUGCAUGAUUACUACUUGAGUCUUCUUGCGCAACAUGAUGGAGAGCGAUUGGAGGAAUUUCUUGAGUCGUCUCUUUUUUAUAGUGUUGAUUUUGCGUUGCGACGAUGUUUGGAGGCCCGCAGAUACCGGCAAUGUGUCGGACUUUAUCGUCGGUUACACCUCUAUGAAGAUGCCAUACGCACGGCUUUAGAAUGUUCCGAUCCGACACAUGGCACGGACGAGGAGUGGCCCGCCCUACGUGUUGCAAAAGAUGUUCUUCGAUCCCUUCCUAACAGUAUGGAAUCGUCAAAAGUAAAGAAACUUUGGCUUAUUGUGGCACAGUCUGUGUUAGAGAAGGGCAACGCCCGCAUGGCGCUUAGUGUCGUGGAGGAUUCUGGCGGUGUACUGAAGCUUGAGGAUAUUCUUGGGGACAUUAGUGAUAGUUUGGUUGUACAAGAAUUUAAGGACUCCAUAUGUAAGAGUCUGGACGCAUAUACAUCCUCCAUUGCAGCGUUGCGGGAUCAACAACUCGAGGCAAGUCAAAUAUCCGAAAAUCUAAAGCAGGAAAUUGCCCAAUUACAGGAUCGGUUUGGAUACAUUACGACUCGGCAACGAUGCAUGUUAUGUCACCGCCUCCUGUUACGAGGUUCUGCACCAUAUUUUAUUUAUCCCGAUUGCCAGCAUGCGGUACAUGAGGCCUGUGCCGUCUCAAAGCUGGAGGAAAUUGGCGGUCUGGAGGCUUUCCUUGCAGAUGAGGGUUUGCCAAGGCAAUUUCUGGAGGGUGUGACUUCUACGAGUGACCUGGCACAAAUGGAAUGUGUUCUUUGCGGCGAGGCGUCUAUAAUUGAAAUUGACAUUCCCCUAUUUGUCGAGCACCACUCGUGGUCCGUGGAGUAG